UACCCCAACCCUCCGGAAUUGCGCGCUCCGCUCGGCCCGCCGGGACGGAGGCCCUCACCCUCCAUGCGCCGCGGCGCCUCCUCGAACUACACCGUCCGCCGACGCUCCAUCGAACGUCGCAAAAACAUUCCAGUUUUUCCGGCGACGUUGGCAAUAAGUUCUUCGAAGUGCCCGCGACCCAGCGCGAAAUGACCACCGUGGAGCCGGCCAAAAGCGCUGAAAAGGAGUUCAUCAUUCAACGCGUGGAGGGUUUGCUGCAAUCGUGGAACCCGUCGGAAUAACAUACGGGAGAGGUGUCCGCGGCGUCCGGAGGCGAAGAUCCGGAGGAGAUGACCUCGGCGGACACCAAUCCCCUUCGCAACGGCUGCGACGACAUCUGGACGUGGGACAGGAGAGAGAAGAGCCCGGAGGUGAGGCUGCACGGGCCCGGGCUGCGCAUCGCUCACUUCCACCCGAAUUGGAGCAGCGGCACGGCGGGAGUGCGAGGCACUAGGGUACUAAAUAACGGCAGGUACUUUUGGGAGUUGCACCUGUCGCGGAGGAUAUUCGGCACUAGCAUGAUGUUCGGGAUAGGUACGAAGAAGGCCCGUCUGCACGCCGAUUCCUUCACCAAUCUGUUGGGUAAGGAUAACCAGGGUUGGGGUUUGUCGCAUAAAGGGUUGCUGUGGCAUAGCGGGAGAUGGACGCACUACACGAAGCCGUUCCGGGAAAACGUUCCUACGAAGAUUGGUAUACUUUUCGACGGAGUUGCGGGUACUCUGACGUACUACAAAGACGAAAAAUGCCUGGGAAUAGCCUUCAGAGGUUUGAAUGAAAUUAAAGAACCGUUGUAUCCCAUUAUUUGUUCUACUGCUGCCAAGACUGAGAUGCUCUUAGAUUGCAUGAAAAGGGAUUUCGUUAAUCUACAAGACAGGUGCCGAGCUGUUAUAGUGAAAAAAUUGAAGAACAAGGACGAUUUAGAAAAAUUAUUUUUACCCCCAAAAAUUAGGCAGUACUUGAGCGAAGCCAUUCCAGAUGUGAUGCAGCCUUUCAAGCCGGUCAAUCAAAAUUUGGAAAACAACGUGGAUACCGUCUAAAUUUCUCAGAAGUCGGUAGGUAAUGGGAAAACACGAAUUGAAAUACUUUUAACUUCGGAAACAUAUUGAGCUACUACCAUAGAAAAGCCAGUAAGUUCUUCUACAUCAGAUAAAAAUACAUCUACUAUUAACUUUC